AGUGUGGCAGCUGACACCACACACCUGACGCUACCCAUUUCGUAGGGAUCGCUCAGGGUGGUGAGAUUCGUUUUUCUCUUCUCUUCUUUUAUUUGAAGCCUCCGCAUCUUCCUGUUUGCGCAGACAUGUCGGAGAGGAAGAAGAGUCUGCCGCCAAAGGCUACCUUCAUUCAGCACACCGUCGCCUCCCAGCUGGGUGGGGCGACGAGCACGAUCCUUCUCUACCCCAUCGAUGUCGUGCGCAUGCGCUUCAUGUCACAGGAUGACACGCGCAUCCGUCAGCACAACGGCCAAACCUACCACAGCAUCACCACCGCGUUUCGGCUCAUUUACCGCGAGGAGGGCGGCACGCGAGCCUUCUUCCGCGGUUGUCAUGUUUCCGUCCUCGGCACCGUCUGUGCCUGGGGCGUGUACAUGUACUUCUACCGCUGCCAAUGCGCGUGGUAUGAAACGUGGCAGAAUAACCAGCAACAGCAGCAGCAGCGGCCGACUGGCACGUCCAGUCAAGAGGAGACGUCGAAAGGGACGAUCUCCGUUGGGUCUGGGAGCGCCUCGUGGAAGAGUUUGGUGCAGCGCUUCGGCUUUUCGAUUGUGGCUAGCUGCACCUCCGCGGUGGUGUGCAAUCCGAUCUGGCUGCUGAAAACCCGCAUGCAGCUGGAAGAGGCCUCAGCGCGGACGGAGACGGUGCAGCGCAACUUCCGCACGUUUCGUCACGGCUUCGUCUACACCGUCAAGACCACCGGUCUGCGUUCUCUGUGGCGGGGUGUGUCAGCGCAGAUGCUGCUGGCGAUCCCCAACGCCUUCAAUCUGCCCCUGUACGAUACGAUCAAAUCCACUACCAUGAGUCUCACAGGACGCAACGAGCUGUCCGUGGUGGAGGUGUGCACGUGCUCGACGCUGACGAAGGUGGUGCUUGCGCUCAUCUGCCAGCCACUGUUAGUGGUGAAGACGCGCCUGCAAGACCACCGCGCGCGAUCCGGCGAGGUGCAGUACGAAACCUUCGCCCAGUCCACCAAGACGGUGUGGCGACGCGGCGGCCUUGUAGCCUUCUACCGCGGCAUGGUGCCCUCUCUCUGUCAGGCGGUGCCGCGCUCCGUGUUGACGUUUGUGUUCUACGAAAAGUUUCUUAGAUUUGCGCGGCAGAUUUCAUGA